CAUUGCAUGCAUGACAUGUCAGCGGCCGCGGUGCUCGCCGUCGUCGUCGCCGCCGCCGCAGCGCUCGCCGCGGCGGCGUCGGCCUACGAGCUGACCAAGAAUGGCACCACCAUCACCUACGACCGCCGGUCGCUGAUCAUCGACGGCCGGAGGGAGAUUUUCUUCUCCGGGUCGAUCCACUACCCGCGGAGCCCGCCCGACGCGUGGCCCGACCUCAUCAGCAAGGCCAAGGAGGGCGGCCUCAACGUCAUCACCACCUACGUCUUCUGGAACGGCCAUGAGCCUGAGCCGGGCGUGUACAACUUCGAAGGGAGAUAUGACCUGGUGAAGUUCUUCAAGCUGAUCCAGGAGAACGAGAUGUACGGCAUUGUCAGGAUCGGGCCGUUCGUGCAGGCCGAAUGGAACCAUGGAGGGCUGCCCUACUGGCUACGGGAGGUCCCUGACAUUAUCUUCCGGACGGACAAUGAGCCUUUCAAGAAGCACAUGAAGGAGUUUGUGACUCUCAUAGUGAACAAGCUCAAGGACGCAAAACUCUUUGCGUCACAAGGGGGCCCGAUCAUUCUGUCACAGAUUGAGAAUGAGUAUCAGCACCUGGAAGUGGCAUUCAAAGAGAAUGGCACCAGCUACAUCAACUGGGCAGCUAAGAUGGCCACCGCCACCGAUACCGGAGUUCCAUGGAUCAUGUGCAAGCAAACUAAAGCUCCUGGUGAAGUGAUCCCUACCUGCAAUGGGAGGCACUGUGGAGAUACAUGGCCAGGUCCAACUGACAAGAACAAGCCCCUCUUAUGGACUGAAAACUGGACUGCUCAGUACAGAGUUUUCGGUGAUCCGCCGUCCCAGCGGUCAGCGGAGGACAUCGCCUUCUCCGUGGCGCGCUUCUUCUCCGUCGGCGGCACGAUGGCAAACUACUACAUGUAUCAUGGAGGAACCAACCUUGGAAGGACGGGCGCCGCGUUCGUGAUGCCGAGAUACUACGACGAGGCCCCUCUCGACGAAUUCGGGCUGUACAAGGAGCCCAAAUGGGGCCAUCUCAAGGACCUUCACCACGCUCUCCGUCUCUGCAAGAAGGCCCUGCUCUGGGGCAACCCCUCGUCGCAGCCUCUCGGCAAACUCUACGAGGCGAGGGUGUUCGAGAUCGCGGAGAAGAAGGUGUGCGUGGCGUUCCUGUCGAACCACAACACCAAGGAGGACGGGACGGUGACGUUCCGGGGGCAGAAGUACUUCGUGGCGCGGCGGUCGGUGAGCAUCCUCGCCGACUGCAAGACGGUGGUGUUCAGCACGCAGCACGUGAACUCGCAGCACAACCAGCGCACCUUCCACUUCGCCGACCAGACGGUGCAGAACAACGCAUGGGAGAUGUUCGCCGAGGGCAAGAUCCCCCGCUACAAGCAGACCACCAUCCGCACGCAGCGCCCGCUCGAGCAGUACAACCUCACCAAGGACAAGACCGACUACCUCUGGUACGCCACCAGCUUUCGGCUGGAGGCGGACGACAUGCCGUUCAGGAAGGACAUCAGGCCGGUGCUGGAGGUGAGCAGCCAUGGGCACGCCGUGGCGGCGUUCGUCAAUGACGUAUUCGUAGGUGUCGGGCACGGGACCAAGAUCAACAAGGCGUUUACGAUGGAGGUGGUGAUGGAGCUCAAGGUGGGCGUGAACCACAUCGCCAUCCUCUCCACGACGCUCGGGAUGAUGGACAGCGGCGCGUACCUGGAGCACCGGCAAGCCGGCGUGCACACGGUGACGAUCCAGGGGCUGAACACGGGGACGCUGGACCUGACGACGAACGGGUGGGGGCACCUGGUGGCGCUGAACGGCGAGCGGCGGCAGGUGUACACGGAGCAAGGGAUGGGGACGGUGGCGUGGAAGCCGGGGAAGAGCGCGCAGUCGCUGACGUGGUACCGGCGGCACUUCGACGCGCCGUCGGGCGACGACCCGGUGGUGAUCGACCUGACGCCGAUGGGGAAGGGCAACCUGUACGUGAACGGCGAGAGCCUCGGCCGGUACUGGGUGUCGUACCGGCACGCCCUCGGCAAGCCGUCGCAGUACCUGUACAACGUGCCGCGGCUGCUGCUCCGGCCGACGGGGAACGUGCUGAUGCUGUUCGAGGAGGAGGGCGGCCGGCCGGACGCCAUCAUGAUCCUCACCGUGAAGCGCGACAACAUCUGCACCUUCAUCUCGGAGAAGAACCCGGCGCACGUCCGGACGUGGGAGCGCAAGGACAGCCAGCUGACGGCGGUCGCCGGCGACGGCAGGCCCCAGGCGGUGCUGUCGUGCCCGCCCAAGAAGACCAUCCGGCAGAUCGUCUUCGCCAGCUACGGCAACCCGCUCGGCAUCUGCGGCAACUACACCUUCGGCAGCUGCCACGCGCCGCGCUCCAAGGAGGUGGUCGAGAAGGCCUGCGUCGGCAAGAAGACCUGCUCGCUCACCGUCGCGCACGACGUCUACGGCGGCGACGCCAACUGCCCCGGCACCACCGCCACGCUCGCCGUCCAGGCCAAGUGCUCCAAGAGGCCUCCCGCCGCCGCCGCGCAAUAAUUCAGCCAUCUGCUCUGCUCUGCUGCUCUUACAUUUUGCUCUCUCGUUCUCGUCUUCGUCUCCAUCCAUCCAUCCAUCCAUCGGAUAGUUUAAGCUUAACCUUCUCCUGAUGCUGCUCCUGUUGUACUUGAUUGAUUGGUUCCAACUCACUGGGAAUUAUUAGGCAAGAACUUGUUCGUGAUCACCAUCCAUUCAUGAUCCUAUGUAGUUGAUGACUGUAGAUUGAUUAAUUAUUGAAGAGACGACAUGCAAAUGGUACAACAUUCCAUUUGGUGAAUAAGAAUCACAACAUUAAUGUGGUGCA